CUAAGCAGAACAUCACAAUAGGAGAAAGAAUUCUCGACGGAGAUUAUUUGGAAUCACCAAACAAAACGUUUCAAAUGGGGUUCUUUUCAGGUGAAAGUGGACGAUACGUUGGGAUUUGGUAUGCCAUCGAUCACACCACUGUGGUGUGGGUUGCUAGCCGUGAUAAACCGGUGCCGGAUUCCACAGGAGCUCUUAUAGUUGCAGAAGAAGGUGUAAGGAUUCUGGACAGAAAAGGAAACAUUCACUUCAGCGCAGACGCAGGGGGAGCUUCUAACAAGACGUUGGCAUUGCUCGACGAUGGAAAUGUUGUUUUAAUAGACAACAAUAAUACCGUUAUAUGGCAAAGUUUUGAUAAUCCUACAGAUACUUUUCUUCGUGGUAUGAAAAUGAACAUGAGCUCAAAGUUGAUUUCCUGGAAAAGCCCGAACGACCCAAGCACUGGAAGCUUUGUGUUCCAACAAGAAAAGACGAUGCAAUAUGUCAUUAGGGUUGGAAACACAACUCGUUGGAAAAGUGGAAGCGGGUCAAAGAAAUACAAAUUGGAGCUAAACCACAUGUUCCCUGCAGACGCAAGGUUUUUGAUGAGUGACACUGGAAACAUACAGUAUUUUACAUUGGUGGAACUUAAUAAACCAUGGAGUUUGGUUUGGGAAGAGCCGAAGGAUAUCUGUAGCGAUUAUCAAGUGUGUGGGCAGUAUGGUCUCUGUAGCCCAGAUACUCAAACUAGAUGUAGUUGUUUGAAAGGAUUUGAAGCUACUGAACCUGGAGUUGAUUCAGCAGGCUGUAGGCACGAGCCUAAAAUAUGUGGCACAGGUGAAGUUGACGAGUUCCUCAAUUUUUCCAUGAUAGAAGUUUCGAAUCCAACAUCUUCCGAGUCAACAAUUGAAUCAAAUUGCAGAAACAAAUGUCUUGAAAACUGCCGGUGCAAGGCUUAUUCAUUUUCUAGUGGAAACACAGGAAUGCAACAGGGACAUUCCAGUCAUCUAAACAACUGCAGGAUCUGGGAAUCGGAACUGUAUAAUCUUCAAAUGGAUGGAACAGAUAAUAUUUCCAUCCGUAUUGCUAGAGGCGUGGGAGGCUAUAUCAACUCAGCACAAGGAUAUCCAUCUCCAACUCCUCGUGGCGAUUCAUCACCGUUCCUAUCAAAGACACGUAUUUUGGUCUUUACAUCGACAAUUCUUAUGAUCUUAUUGUUAUGCAGCUUUAGCUAUACAUAUUACAGGAGACUGGUCCCCCAUGAACAAGGAAGAAAUUCCACGCUUCAAACGGAUGAUAGUGAAAGACGAUCUAUAGACUUAGUACAUCUAGAACACUCAAGAGAAGACAGUAUAGAAGGCAUCCGAGUACCAUUCUUUGAAUUUGAAAGCAUCUUAGCCGCUACAGAUAACUUCUCGGAUGCUAAUAAGCUCGGAGAAGGAGGUUUUGGGCCAGUCUAUAAGGGUAAGCUUCCUGAAGGAAUACAAGUGGCUGUAAAGAGGUUGUCUAGCCUUUCUGGCCAA